GCCAAAAUCCCCGCACGGCAGAGGCGCCGCCCAAAACAGUCGCUCCACAGGCCAGUGGCGGCGCCAGACGCGAUCGGCUUCUCCGCCACCACGCACACCACCCCGACCACCACUCGCUCAACAUGCAGCUUUUCUCACGCAUCCCCGGGCGCCCAAUGGCAUCCCCUCGCCAGCACCCAGCAUCAGCACCAACAGCUUGUCGCUGCCCGGCGCCAUCCCCUUUGAACCCCGAUCAGCAGCGCCAAAACUCUGGUCGCCCGUCAUCCCCACACUCGGCCCUGUCGUGCCUGUCGAGCUGCUCAGUUGGUGUCUGUCUAUCUCUCUCCUCUGCCUGCCGGCUAUCAGCUUAAGCGGGUUCCUCAAAGCGGCCAACCGCUGGCCAAGGCUGUAUCUCGUAUCAAACCGGUGGCGGCACGGUCACGGUCCUUGACCUCCCAGGACAUUAGCAUGGGGAAGUCAAAUAUCGGAGCAUCAGACAGUAUCUCAUUCUCGAGUGUGAGUGCUUGGCGAGUUCUCUUGGGGAUCCAAAGGUGCAGAUGAAAUGGGAUCUGGAGCACAGGGCCUCAGCAUCCAACAGUUCUUGCAGGUCGAAACCACCAACUCAACAUCGAGAAUGGCAGCCAUGAAUUAAUGCCAUGCUUGCUCUUAGCGAUUGUGCCAACCACAAGGCUGGGCGCAUCUUGGCAGUCUUGCUACCGCGACAUGAUUCCUACGUCCGCCUUCGGGGGCAAAAGUUCUGCAGGCUCGGCUUCUGGCCCCAUACACUUUCUGCAGGAGGACGACGACGAAGGAGGCUACAACUCUAUCGUGUCGACUUUGAGGCAUGACCCUUGCCUCAACAAUCAGAGUCGUGCUGGCCAAC